AUGGACGCCGCCAGCACCGCCGCCGCCGCCGCCGCCGCCUUGGCCACCCCGGCCCCCGCCCCGGCCGCGACCGUGCAGGUGCCGCGCGGGCAGGUGGAUCUGAUCGACUUCAUCGACUGGACCGGCGUCGAGUGCCUCAACCAGGACUCGUCCCACAGCAUCGUGAACGCGCUCAAGCAGAGUUUGAGGGACGACGAGGGGCUGUUCCUCGCCAGCGAUUCGGACGAGCAGCUGCUGAUCUACAUCCCCUUCAUGCAGGUGGUAAAGCUGCAUUCCGCGCUAUUCAAAGGCCCCGAGGAAGAGGGCCCCAAAACAGUAAAACUCUUCUCCAACAAAGAGCAUAUGGGUUUCAGCAAUGUCAAUGACUAUCCACCAAGUGACACCCUCGAGCUAUCCUCCAAUCAUUUGAUAGAGAAUAAACCUUUGCCGCUAAAGUAUGUCAAGUUCCAAAAUGUUCGCAGCCUGACUAUAUUUAUUGAGGACAAUCAAAGUGGAAGUGAUGUCUCGAAAAUUCACAAGAUUGCUCUUUAUGGAACAACUGUGGACACGACGAAUAUGAAGGAUUUGAAGAAGAUAGAAGAGCACUGA